AUGGCUCAAACAGUAUCCUCAAAGGUACCUCCAAGCUCCCAGACCUGCCAACUCUCAAUAAUCAACACCACUUGCGAUAUCACAAUCCCUCCCCCAUGGCUGGUGGAGCCAGCGAUCGAGGGAUACAACUGGCUAAAUUUACCGACCUAUUCUUUCCACAUAAAGCAUGCUUCUUCAGGCACCGAAGUGCUCUUUGACCUCGGAGGUCGUAAAGACUGGGAAAACUUCGUUCCUAAGCUGUCGAAGCUCAUCAGAGAGCGUAUGCAUGGACUGCGAGUCACGAAGGAUGUCGUAGAUAUACUGCCAGAAGGUCGUGUAGACAUCAAUAACGUGCAAGCUGUAGUCCUGAGCCAUCAUCAUUGGGACCAUGUGGGCGCUGCAGCGCACCUGCCAAAGAGUGUCCGGCUGGUCGUCGGGCCAGGGUUUCGAGAAGCGUUCUUACCUGGAUACCCGACCAAGGAGGACUCCGAGUUUCAUGAGGCUGACUUCGAGGGCCGCGAGGUGGUGGAAGUGUCCUUCUCGGACGACUUCAAGAUCGGAGGAUUUCAAAUGUACGACUAUUUCGGUGAUGGCAGCUUUUACAUCUUGAACGUACCGGGACAUGCGAUCGGGCACAUAUGUGGCUUGGUCAGAACCACACCGGACACCUUCGUCUUCUUGGGCGGUGAUGUUUGCCACCAUGGAGGAGUCAUUCGUCCGACAAAGUCAAUACCUCUUCCUGACCAGAUACCGGAGGAAGCUGUACUCGACAAGGCCAUACCACGGCCCUGCCCGUGUACUGCAUUCUUGUCGUCUCAUCCCAACCAAGGAAAUGGACGCACGACGCCUUUUCUGAAAAUCACGGGAGGCCCGGAAAGCUGGUAUCGCGAUCCCGAGACAUCGCGAAAAUCAGCUCAAGCUCUGGAGGAAUUCGACGCUGAUCCAAAUGUCCUGGUUGUCAUUGCUCAUGACCCGACUUCCCUAGAUGUCUUUGACUUCUUCCCAAAGGGCACAAUGAAUAACUGGCAAAAGAAGGGUUGGAAGCAGGCUUCUCACUGGGGGUUUUUGAGCGAGAUACCAUACAACGGAAAGACGGUCAGGCCGACCUUAGUUGAUGGCUUGUAUGACAAGGACGGGAAGAAGCUGCGAGGAUUGGACCUGUAAUGAGGCUUCAACGGUGCACAUCUGGAGUGCUUCGCCGAAAGAACGCACGAUAUGUUCGUGGCCAACAAACCUGCGUCCCUCCACGGUGGACUGAACAGUUUUCUGGUUGGUAGCCAAGAGUAACCCCUGCUGAUGAGGCGCAUGAGAACCAAUUGCGACUAUCGACAACGCAG